AUGUUUUUCAACAUUCCCAACAUAUUUUACAACAAUUUCAAAAUACUUUUCAACAUUCCCAACAUAUUUUACAACAAUUUCAAAAUACUUUUCAACAUUCCCAACAUAUUUUACAACAAUUUCAAAAUAUUUUUCAACAUUCCCCACAUUCCCAACAUAUUUUACAAUACUCCCAAUAUACAGCCUUUGUUAGCCACUGAACUCCGAGUAUGUUAUAUUUCUACAUUUCUAAUAAGACAGAUAAAACAUGUUCAAUGUUAUAGAAUACCUUUAAAAGAGAUAUUAAUCAACAAGGCUAGUACGACAUACACUACCGAGAACCACAGCCGUCUAAGGAUUGCCGAAGCGAGCUUCAUCGGCCAAAGACAACAGCAAAUCAAGUGGUGCAGAGUGACAACAUCAUCACAGAAGUAUCUUAUUGAAAGACGUUGCAAGCAAAGAGAAGGAACAAGGCUAAGAUACAUUCAACAUACAGGACGAAGCAGAGAGAAGCAGUUUGAACACAGCAGAGGAUUGUAA